AUGAAAGGGAAGGAGGAGAGUGGCAGCGGUGGAGGACGCCCGUCGGGUGUCAGCGGGGGUCAAGGCGGCAUUGGUGGAAGCCCAGAGAAAAGCGUCAGCGCCCAGGAACUGAAGGAGCAGGGUAACCGGCUGUUUGUUGCUCGCAAAUAUCAAGAAGCUGUUUCCUGUUACAGCAAAGCCAUUACCCGCAACCCCUCCAUCGCUGUGUACUACACCAACCGCGCUCUUUGCUACCUGAAAAUGCAGCAGCUGGACAAGGCCCUGGCAGACUGCAAGCAUGCUCUGGAGCUGGACUGCCAAUCUGUGAAAGCUCAUUUCUUCCUGGGCCAGUGCCAGAUGGAAAUGGAAAACUACGACGAGGCCAUCGCCAAUCUGCAGAGAGCUUACAACCUGGCCAAGGAGCAAAGGCUGAACUUUGGGGAUGACAUACCAAGCGCUCUAAGGAUUGCCAAGAAGAAACGCUGGAACAGCAUAGAGGAGCGGAGGAUCAACCAGGAGAACGAGCUGCAUGCCUAUCUCACCAAACUCAUCCUGGCUGAGAAGGAAAGGUGA